GGCUAAGUGUGAUGUUACCCUUCGAUGCUAUAAUCUCAAGGUCCUCCACCAUGUUUUAACCAUGCAUCAUUUUCACCAAGACUACUAACUAUAAGAAUCAGCAGCCAAAUGGAUUCCCCAAAUAUCACUAAGCCACGGACAGGGACCUCUUCACCUUCAUAUCAAGAAGAUCCGCCGUCAGAGGAAGUGAUGAACCGAAUUCUUGCAUUAAGAACUGAGAAAGAACGAUUAAAGGCAGAACUUGCGGAUUCUCAUAUCAAGAUAAAAAAGUUGGCUUCAGAGAUCUUGUCGUUACGGGAGUUGGUAUGCUUUCACUUGCAGCAUCUAUUAAUAUCUUGCUUACUGCGUUUUAGAAUAUCUGGUAUGUAACGAAAGAUGCGCAUGCCAGAGAGAAUCAGAAAACGAGCCAGAGAGAACGCUUCGAAGAUGAAGAUGUGUCACCAAAGAAUACAAAACACGAGGUGGUAGAUGUUGGUAAAGCAAGUGGACUCUAAAUAAUUGGACGCAUAAGGUUGACC